UGGCAUUAUUGGAUUAAGCGUAGAAAGUGUUUUCUUUAUGAACAAUUAAUUAAAUUAUACUAGUUAACAACUACAGGCAAAGCGAGCCAAUGCGGCAUUAAAAGAGUGGGGCGUGCGAUUCAAUCAAAGAGCUGCCGUACAAAUUGAAAUUUCUCAAUAAUCAAACUCAAUCAAAAACGGCCCGCAUUUAAUAACGAAGAAGAAAGAAGAACAACAACUGCAAGCCACAAAGAGACAGCUCCACAACACUGCAAACCAAUACAAAACUCGUUUCUUGUGUUUGUACGAGUGUGCGUGUGUGUGUGUGUAUUCUUUAUUUUAUUUGCAUUGCAGCCACAAGGCAAACGCUGCGGCAUUUCGUGGCAGAGAGGCUGACAACGAAAAAGGGGCGUGUCUCCCUCCGUCUAAAAGUUCUCUUCCGUAAGCGCAUCGUUGCAUUAUGAUGGUUGAGUCCGACGGCACCGCCGACGCCACCCGCCGUCUCAACGUUAAGAAACAAACGCUGGACGAUGCCUACGCCGCCCCAGCUAAUUUCCUCGAGAUCGACGUGGUCAAUCCUCUGACCACCAUGGCGGCGGGGAAGAAACGCUACACCGACUACGAAGUCCGCAUGAGGACAAACUUGCCGGUGUUCAAGGUGAAGGAGUCGAGUGUGCGGCGUCGCUACAGCGACUUUGAGUGGCUGAGAAACGAGCUGGAACGUGAUAGCAAGAUUGUGGUGCCGCCACUGCCUGGCAAGGCCUGGAAGCGACAGAUGCCGUUCCGCGGCGACGAGGGCCUCUUCGACGAGAACUUCAUCGAGGAGCGGCGAAAGGGUCUGGAGGCGUUCAUCAAUAAGAUUGCCGGACAUCCGCUGGCACAGAACGAGCGCUGUCUGCACAUGUUCCUCCAGGAGAGUGUCAUCGACAAGAACUAUGUGCCCGGCAAGAUACGUAACGCAUAAGAUGCUGAAACAACGAGAAUAUUCCCGGAGAAAAGCAGCAACUUUUUUAGCAAUGCAAACAACAAAACUUGAACGAACAAAACAUUGAGAGAAAAGAAAACAAACAAUAUAUAUAUAUAUAUAUUGUAUAUAUGUAUAGAGAGAUGAAAGAUAACGAAAUCGAUUAGGCAAAAUGAAAGCUGCGUCUGUGUGUGCGCGCCAAGCUAGUUACGACGAGUAAUAACAAGAAAUAUGAAUAGAUGUUAAAAAUAAUAAUUAAAACGGCAACUGCUUUUUCGGCCAGAGCCAGAGCCGAGUUAAUGUUAAUAAGCGGCUCCAGUUGAAUUAUUGGGAAUUUUUAUUGCUAAAUUUAACUGUUUAUAUAUGCAAUGGUAUACAUACAUUACAAUACAUACAUUAUAUAUAUGUAUACAUAUAUAUAUAUAUAUAUACAUAUUUACCUAAUAGUGUACAUAAUACUACAUGCCUCAAGUCCAGUAUUGGAUGGCCGUCGUCUCAUUUGAAAAAGUCCCAUGCCAAAACUUGUCUUGGCCAGGUCAAGAACGCUCAGUCAUGGACCUUUUUCUCGAAUCCUGCGAGCACCCCCCUACUAUCCUCAUCCCCUAAUCCCUCUUUAGUCGUUGUAUCAAAUUUGAAUUAUUAUUGAGUUUAAAAUUGUGCAAAAUAAAAGAAAGGUUACCCUCCACAUCAAUGGAAAAUAUAGUAUAGAAUUAUACAGUUGCAACUGUUUUUUGCAAAAUUACUGAAUAUUUUGGAAUCAUUUUAGUGUUUAAUAUAUGUAUUGUACUUCGAAUCAACCUAAACAUAAUUCCAAUAAUAAUACAUGUAUUUUACUACAAAUUUCAAA